CAGUGUGGGAUCAUGGGGAUCAAGUCAAGCAGGGGGCCGGUUUGGGGAGACUUGUUCCACAACGGCACUAGCACUCACAACGAUCAGUUACACACUGCUGAAAUUUGGUUCAGUACCUGAGAGUCUUCCUUUCUCUGUCGGUAGUAUUAUCACCAAGAAAGCAGUUGGUGAGUCCCCGUCCACCAUCAUGGCUUUGCUUUCACGAUCGCUGUUGCUGCUGGGCUUCGCAGUGGCCGCUGGCCUCCUGGAGCGUGUCGACGCCCAGGACUUCUCCUUCAGGCUGUCCAACACGCUGGGAUCAAACAUGGUGUUACAACGUGCACCCCGGCAAGCUGCCGUGUGGGGCUGGUCCAAACCCCAGGAUACAGUCACGGUGACUGUGGAUAAAACACCGGGUGUUGCAGCUACGGCAGAUAGCACCGGAAUGUGGAAGGCCAUGCUGUCACCAAUGGAGGCCGGUGGUCCGCAUGUAGUAACUGCAUCGUCCAAAGCCAACACGACAGUGCUAUCCAUGGAGAAUGUCCUGUUCGGUGACGUCUACAUCUGCAGCGGACAGAGUAACAUGCAGUUCACUCUCGAUCAGGCCUUCAACGCCACCGCAGAAGCAGCAGCUGCAGAUGGAUUUCCCAACAUUCGCGUCUUCACUGUUGCACUGAAGCCCUCGCUGAAGCCAGAACUGGAGCUGCUGGGCAUCACAGAGCCCUGGAUGGCUGCAUCUAAGGCAUCCAUUGGCGGUGGCGGAGCGUGGAAGUACUUCUCUGCUGUCUGCUGGCUCUUUGGACGUGACUUGUACACGUCCUUCGAUGGCAAGAUCCCUAUUGGAUUGAUAAGCAACAACUGGGGAGGCACCACCGUGCAGUCGUGGAGCAGUGCAGAGGCUCUGGAGAAGUGCAAUCAGACCCUGACAGAGGGCGCCGAGGAUGUUCAGACCUGGCCAGAUGUUACUGAGCAGUUUUCUGAGGAAUACUUCCUGGGUCAAAGUGACAGUCAGGGUGUGAACGGACCUCUGGCCAGUGAUUUGUCAAUCCGCUACAAUGGAAUGAUCAGUCCUUACAGGCCCAUGCAAAUCUCUGGUGCUAUCUGGUAUCAAGGCGAGAGCAAUGUUGGAGCUGGAGCACGCAAGGGUGGUGAAUAUUACGCUUGCCAGUUCCCGGCCAUGAUUGCCGACUGGAGAGUGAAGUUCAACCAGUCCGACAUGUACUUUGGAUUUGUCCAACUGGCGCCAUGGCUUGAUGGUUCUACCAACAUGACACUGAUUGCAGAACUUCGUCAGUCACAGCUAGCCGCUCUCAAGCUACCCAAGGUUGGCGUGGCAACGGCAGCCGACCAUGGAGAUCCGACGUCGCCAUUCGGCAGCAUUCACCCUCGCGACAAGCAGGUGGUCGGUGCACGCCUGGCGUUGAAUGCACUGGGUCUUCAUUACGGCAUGACAACCAUGGAGUACCAGUCACCAUUCCCCAGUGGUGCUGAACCAGUAUCGGUCAAGGCACAAGGCGCCGGCAUGUUUGAAGUUUCCAUUGCGUUGUCGGUAACCUCAUCCAGUGUACAGCUGCAGUGGAAGCUUGUCAAUGCCACGUGCAUGGAGAAAGUGCCGCCCCAAGAAUGCUCAACGUUCGAGUUCCAGGCGGCCAGCGAUAAAUCCUGGCAUAUGGCGGAUUCAGUUUCUAUUCUGGACAACAAGAUCACCGUCACAGGAGUUGUGCCGGGUACGACAGCCGUGCAGGCACAUCCCGUGUCCGGUGUUCGCUACGCAUACUCCACAUGGCCAGUCAUGACACUGUACACUGCUGCUGAUUUGCCGCUGCUGCCUUUUACAAUGGCAUUCUAGUGAGCAUGUGUUUUGUUUCCCAAAUGAUAUCAAUAUUAUGAAUUUGAUUCAAUUCAAAAUUCAAUUCAAGUACUUGGUAUUACAAGAUUGGCAUUUGGACAUAUCCUGUGAUUUCCUGUACAUAUCAACUCACUGUCUCUUCCGCACACUGUACUGAACGGUAUCUUGCACUUCAACGUCCUACUUGGUGAAGCUUGUCGCAGCCAU